AGGAACUAAUGCGGCCAUUCUGGGGGUAAAUACAAGAAACGAACAAGUGAAAUCUCCGUCAUGAGAUACACCGAAGGAAAAUUAUAAAUACAAAUAGAGCUGGCAUGGAGGACAGUUUAUCCUCUAAUGCCUCAGAUACAAUUAAUAGUAAAGGAAGUGAAACAAAGAAGGAGAGACCGGCAAGCCUUGACUUGGAGAGUUCCAACCUCGGCAAAGAGGAAGAACUUAAUCUUGACGACACGAAACCGACCACAAGGAAAGCGAAAGAGUUUUCCUCCUCACAGGAAGAUCUGCUUGAAAGUCCUGAUGAUGGUGAUGAUUCAAGUGUCCAAAGAACCUCUCCAAGAAGUAAAAGUAUAACAAACAGUUUGAGGUCUAAAAUAAGAGAUCUGAGUCCUUCCAGAAGAUCAACACCUCCUAGUUCAGCUACCAAGACAGAGAGGAAAACUAGCAAGGGAAACAAAGCAGCAUCAAAAUCACCUAAGUCACCUGGAAAUUGGCUUCCUGCUUCAUUUAAUCAGAUAUUUUCAAGUUACAAGACAAAAUGUGGAGACUUCAAGAGGUUGUUUAAGGAACUUCCUGAAAGCGAGCAACUUAUAGUAGAUUACUCAUGUGCAUUACAGAGAGACAUUUUAGUGCAUGGCAGAUUGUACAUCUCUCAAAACUGGCUCUGUUUCUAUGCCAACAUAUUUGGCUGGGAAACAUUUGUGACAAUACAGUGUACAGAGAUAAGCAGCAUAAGGAAAGAGAAGACUGCUCUGGUUAUACCAAAUGCUGUUCAAGUUUGUACAGAGACUGAAAAGUACUUCUUUGCUUCGUUCAUAUCAAGAGACACAGCAUACACAGUUCUUUUUAGAAUUUGGCAAAAUGCUCUUUUAGAUCAGCCCCUGAGUCCAUCAGAACUAAUUCAGGUGGUUGGCAAAUACUCAGAAGGGAAAGAAGGCAGUUCUGAUAAUGAUGAUUCUGAUGAUGAUGAAAAACAGGGAGUGUUUGAAGAUUCAGGAAGUGAAGGUGACGUGGAAGGAGAAUUGCCUUCAGACAGUGUCUCAUCACGUAGUCAAAGCUCUCUUGGAACUGAACUUGGUCCUGAAAAUCAGACUGUGCCCGAUAAGGACAGUGAGAAUGCACCAGUAGUGUCCGUCACUCCGCCAUCGCCUGGGGUACUGUCACCCACAGGACUUGAAAAUGGCCAGUUGCUACGUCCAGAAGGUGAGAAUACUGUGGACAGUGGUGUAACAGACACACAACCUCGCCCCAGAUCAACAUCUCCUCAUCUACAACUCAAAAGCUUGCUUAAGUCUCCUGGUACUAUAAGGAGGAAGAUGACGGCAAAAGAGUCUCCUGUUCCUAAGGAAAAGAAAGAUCUAAGUAGUGAUCUAGAGGAGGAAGGUACUGCCUCUGAAUUUCAUGAGGAUGAACAUGCAGAUGUUCCUGUAAAAUGUGUUUGUGAUACCCAUCUAAGCAAAGAGAUUGUCAACGAGGAGUUUCCUGUUAGCGUGGAUACCCUGUAUGAAUACCUCUUCACAGAGUCUGAUUUCUACAAAAGAGUACAAAAAGGAAGACGGACAAAAGAUUUGGUGUUAAACCCAUGGGAGACAGCAGAGGAUGGUCAGAGAAGAACAAUCACUUAUACAGUAUCACUUAAUCAUGCUCUUGGACCCAAACAUUCACCCACUACGGAACAACAGCAUUGCUUUCAGGGUAGUGUACCAGGAAAGUUGUACAUCAUACAAGCUGAGGUUAAUAACGAAGGUAUUCCAUAUGGAGACAGCUUUUAUAUCACCAACAGAUACUGUAUGACCAGGACUUCAAACACGACCAGUAGAUUAAGAGUAUCGUCAGAGGUAACCUAUCAGAAGUCAGUAUGGGGUUUUGUAAGAAAUAUGAUAGAGAAGAAUGCUUUGGAAGGUCUUGAAGGCUAUUUCCAGUUUUUAGUGGAGAGUCUGAGAAGAGAAACUACAGAAGGACAGUGGUCCAAGAAAAGAAAGACAUCGCCGACAAGAAGACACAAAAGGACCCGCAGUCUUAAGAACAAGGAAGUCACGGAACCAGAUAUGGAGGUAUCUAACGAGGAUAAAACAGGCCUGUUACAGAGAUUGUCGGCGAGAGGAACAAUAUCUCGCCUUGUGGGAGUACGGUCCUAUUUGCCUCAAGUAAUAGUGACGAACCCCCUUGCAGUGCUUGUGACGAUUCUGCUUGGUGCGUUGCUUUUGCUUAAUGUGGUUCUCGUGUACAGACUCGUGUUACUAGAGCACGCAACUCAGACAGGAAUACACUGGGAUGGAGCUAUCAAGGACCUUCCGGUUGAUGCUCAACAAUGGGCCCAACUACUUCAACAACAAAAACAUGUUCAGGAGGUAGAGAUGAGAAGAUGGCGAGAUGUCCUUGCGUCAUCUAUCCAGUUAAUGAAUCAGGUGCAACAAUCGCUGGAUUUAUUGCAGGAAGAGCUUGGUAAAGAACAGACUACUGCUGCAGCAGAAGCCACGUGAACAACACGAGGACAGCACGUGAAGAGCGCAUCAUAAAUGGAUUGAGACGAGUGUUUUGCUGCAUAUACUGAGAGAAGAAUGGGUCCUAGUCACCGCGUUGGUUCCGUAAAAAACGCAUCAAAAUAGAAUUAAAAAUUCUAGUGUGACGGAUACAAGGUGCAGGGACACAAUCUUCAACCCUUAUGCCUGUUUACAAUUUGGCAGCGUGGAUGAUAAGAGAUUGCCUUAAUCAACGGAAUGGUUAUUACAAUAGUUUAUUUUGUGAAAGAACUUUUAUUUUUUGAACUCACUCGUUUACAGUUUUAGUUAAUCUGAACUUGUACUUGUCCUUGUUCAAUCAAACACAGAUCUCGCCAGCGGUCAAUCGCACUGCGCACGUGCAUUUCCCCCAGUAAAUGCUCCCUUUUUCUCUGAACCAAAAGUUAAGACAUUCGCUGAAACGUUGAUAUUCGUAAGCCAGAUCUGCAUAGAUAAGCUUGGCACUGUCAUCUACCUAGUUUAUCUGAUAAACUAGGUAGAUAACAUCACCUUGUAAUUUCGUUGACCUCUGCACAUUUUCCCUUCAAAACUUUUACAAACUUUUAGGCAACGUUAACCCAGAAGUCUUGUUAGUGUUUUUUUCCUUGCGUUUGACCACUGUGAAUUACAUUUUCUACCACUGCAAAUUCAGAAGAAACCUUCACCGUGAUUUUUCGAACUGUUCAACAUUUAUCAUCGUUGUUUGGAAUGUUUUAUCUUUUCAGUUCUUCUGUUGAUCAGAAUGAACCGACAAAGACUUACUUAAGCAUUCCCAGAUGUAAUUUAAUUUUUAGUUGUUUAUCACGACUUAUCUCGAGAGAGCAUUGCUUAACUCUUUUAUCGCAUGUCUAUUCCAUAUUGUAUGAGUGCGGCGUGGCGGGUUAACGCCGCAACAUUCUAUCCACGAGAUAUCGAUUCCAGUCCUCCAACAUUCCUACUAAGAUAACAUUCAUAUUUGGUAACAGAUACGUGUACAGAAAGAUGUCUCAGCCAUUGUAGAUCAAAGUCUUGCCCAAAGUCUAUGUUGUAUUACUUUCAAAGCAGAAUCAUUCGUUGAAAUUCACUCUACAAAAUAUUCGAAAACUAAAGUAAUUCAGUAAGAAUAACAAGAAAUCCCUCUAUAUCAUCGUCACACAGAAAUACUACUAUAACUUAUCAACAAUUUUAAAUUGUAAAUCAGGAAUGGGAUUCUGGCAUAGAAAAGUGAAUGAAUAAACAUGCGUAUUGAACACC